ACCUUAAAACCGUGUUUUCCAACCAAAACCGCAAAAAUAUAUAUUUCUGCUGAAACUGCAAAAUUUGAGUACAUGAUGCUCUUACCAUUGCUUUUAUCUUUUAAAUUUUAGUUUUAUAAAAUGUGAGUGUCCCCUUUGAGUUGUUUGGAAGUUUAUUCAAAUUUGAGUUUCUAUUUUGAGUUUUAUUAAAAGUUAUAGUUGUAGUUAAAUUUUAAUGCAAAUUUAAAUAAAAAUAAAUAAAUUUAUAUGAAAUAAAAAUUUAUAAAUGUUAAAUGCUAAUUUUAAAAUAAUUUCAGUGUAAAUAUAUUUUAUACUAAAUAAUAAAAAUUAGUAUAGUUAAAAUUAAUAUCUAAUAAUCAACGUCAAGCACAAUCAACCACUAAUUAUUAAUUUAAAGCACUUACCAACCGCUGUGUUUAAAAAAGAGCACCUAUCAACCACUAAUAAUAAAGUUAAAAUACUAAUCUCCAGCAUCGCACUAAUAAAGCGAUGCCCUAUGAAGGGGGAUAAGCAUCUCAGUCGCAGAAACAUAAAAGGAAGAAAAGUAAAGAUGCUUGUGAUUUGAAACACACCAAAAUUUUCUUGUUUUUGCUCUCUUUGACGAUUUGUGUUACUUUCCUGUUUUGAUUUUUUUUAAAGAUGGUCGAAAAGUUUCACGCUUUUAUGUUCCCGUGGUUCGCUUUUGGUCAUAUGAUUCCAUAUUUGCAUCUAGCCAACAAGUUAGCUGAGAAAGGUCAUAGGGUUACUUUCUUGUUGCCCAAGAAGGCUCAGAAACAGUUGGAAUAUCACAGCCUGUUCCCAGACAACAUCCUCUUUCAUCCACUAACUAUUCCUCCUGUUGAUGGCCUCCCUGCUGGCGCUGAGACUGCCUCGGAUAUCUCCAUCUCAUGGGGAAAUUUCCUGUUCGCAGCCAUGGAUCUGACACGCGAUCAGGUGACCGCCACGGUUCAUGCUUUGAGACCGGACCUGAUUUUAUUCGAUUUUGCUUAUUGGGUUCCGGAAAUGGCUAAGGAGCAUAGAGUCAAGAGUGUGGUGUACAACGUGGUAUCAGCUACCACUAUUGCUCACAACCAAGUCCCUGGUAGCGAACUAGGAGUUCCUCCACCUGGUUAUCCUUCAGCAAAGGUAGUGUACCGCGCACACGAUGCUCACGCCUUGUCGUCUCUCUCCAUCUACUACGAGAGGCUGUACCAUCGCAUAACCACAGGUCUUAUGAGUUGCGAUAUCAUUUCAAUGAGGACAUGCGAAGAAGUCGAAGGUGAAUUCUGCGACUAUAUCGCACGUCAAUACCAGAGGAAGGUUCUUUUGACCGGUCCAAUGCUUCCUGAGCUAGACAAGAGUAAACCACUUGAAGAUCAGUGGAGUAGUUGGUUGACCGGAUUUAGACAGGGCUCUGUCGUGUUCUGUGCAUUGGGAAGCCAAAUCACUCUUGAAAAGGAUCAAUUCCAAGAACUCUGUUUAGGAAUGGAGCUUACUGGUUUACCAUUUCUUGUAGCGGUAACUCCACCAAAAGGAGCAAAGACUAUUCAAGAAGCAUUGCCAGAAGGAUUUGAGGAGCGAGUGAAGGGUCGUGGAGUUGUUUGGGGAGAAUGGGUGCAACAACCAUUGAUAUUGGCUCAUCCAUCAGUAGGCUGCGUUGUGAGCCAUUGUGGAUUUGGGUCCAUGUGGGAGUCUCUAAUGAGUGAUUGCCAAAUAGUCUUGCUUCCAUUUUUAAGUGAUCAGAUCCUCACCACUAGAUUGAUGACUGAGGAACUCGAGGUUUCGGUUGAAGUCCCAAGAGAAGAAACUGGUUGGUUCUCCAAGGAGAGCUUGAGUGCUGCUAUCAUUUCUGUGAUGGAUGAAGAUAGCGAGUUAGGGUAUCUGGUGAGGAGGAACCACGCCAAAUUGAAGGAGAGCUUGGUAAGUCCUGGAUUAUUAACCGGUUACACCGAUAAGUUUGUGGAAGCAUUGCAGGAUCUAGUCAACGAUACAAAUCUUGAAUGAAAUACUCUGCUUGUGAAGCAGCUGUUUCAAGUUAGGCAAUAAGUGACCAGACCGUGACGAACUUGAACAUGUUGUUAUUGUUUUUUUCAUUUCAUCAGCUCUUUAGCAACAUGCAGUCCUUGAUCUCUUUGAAAUCCUACUUCAAAAAUUAUUGGAUAUAAAAUAUACAAUCAUGUUGGUGGGGUUUCUAUUAGAAAAAAUAGUCAUAUGAACUAAACUCAAUGUCUUUGAUAAUUUCAAAAACUUAAUAUUGUGUUAUACCUUUUGAUAAAUGGAUUCGCAAUGUUGUCACCUGACUUAAUAUAAUCUAAUAGUUUUAUAUUGUUUUU